AUGAAGAACCCAGUCAAGCAAAUGCGCUUCCCAGCGCUCGAAGACUUCCUCGAGUACGUCCAAAAUGUCGCAGAAGCUUCCAGCAGAUGGGUCAACUGGCAAAUCAUACGCGGCAAGCGACAUAUAUGGUGGGAGACCGACUGGGACGUGGUAUCCCGAUGGGCGCAAUCGAUCAUCGAGACAGAAGAGCGUCUACGCGAAACCACCCAACGCGAGAACUUCCUCAAGAAGUGGAUCCAUAAAUUCCACAACGGGUCCAGCGAAGCCGGCAAAUUCGUUCUACCAGAUUUGAUCGAAGAGUUAAUAGCUCUGGACCACGAGUACACACGUCUCGAGCGGAUAUACGACACGCUCCUGGCGGGUUGUCCCGUGGGCCCUAUCAAGAGCGGGUAUAUGUGGAUUCGAAAACAGCCGCAGUGGUAUCUUCAUAGUGAAUGGUUGCGCCAGGAUUGUGCUAGGCGUGGUGGCUGCUGUGGUCACAGAUCAUGCCUAUCAUGCUGGAUCAAGUUCAUCCCUUUCCUUCAGGAUCUAUCAACUAUGGAGAAUGAUAUCCACCAAUAUGAGACCACCUGGGCUCCGGGAACAGUCAGACUAGAGGAUAUCAGUCCACCAAUCCAGAGACCAACUCGUCCUCUUCCCCACCCCAUCAUCCGACCCCAACGACCCCUCAAUUGGUCAAAAUCUCGCAAAAUCCUCAAUUUCACCCUAGUAAGCUUCUUUGUGUUAUGGACCUUCGUACAACUCGACAUUGGCUUCACAGCAUGGGGUCCAAUGCAAGGAGAACUCAACUACUCCCUCGACAUCCUAAACGCCAACGCAGCCAUCAACUACGGCGGUCUGGCCAUAGGCUGCAUAUUCUUCAUGCCGCUAGUCCACAAAUACGGCCGACGCCCAAUCUACAUAUUAAGCGUCACCCUACAGUUGGCAUCAUGCAUCUGGCAAGCCCAGAUGUCCACCGUCGGCGAUCUAAUGACCAGCGGCCUGAUAUCCGGCAUCGGCGGCGCAAUCAGCGAGGUCAUCGUGCAGAUUACCAUCGCCGACAUGUUCUUCGUGCACCAGCACGCAACGAUGAACGGAUGGUUUGUCAUCGUCCAGUCUGCGGGCGCAUUCCUUGGUCCCGUGGCUUCGGGAUACAUCGUGGUGGCACAAGGGUGGAGGUGGAUGUGGUGGUGGUGUGUGAUUUUCUUCGGAGUCACAUUACUUUGUGUGAUAUUCCUUUUCGAGGAAUCGAAAUACGUCCCUUAUCUCGAUGGUCGUGACGUUACCGUUGCUGGAGAAGUGACUGGUGAACAGUCGGAACCUCACAAAGACGCGGACGUGGCGGAUUCAAAGACCACCCAUCGUGAGACGCCCAUGAGUCGCGUACGUACAAACCCGGAUAUUCCUUUGAAGACGUAUUUCCAGCGCAUGGCUUUGGUGACUACCACCGACGAAGCACUGUGGCCGCAUUUCUAUCAGCCCAUCGUCGCGCUCUUCACUUUCCCGGCUGUUUCGUAUGCGGCUAUUACAUAUGGUUCUACGCUGAGCUGGUUUGCCAUCAUGACUUCACUACAGGCUUCUUACAUGAUUAUACCGCCUUAUAACUUCGAUGCUGUUGGUGUUGGACUGAUGAAUGUGGCACCAUUUGUUGGUGCUGUUCUCGGUUUUCCCUUUGGUGGAUAUUUGAGCGACAAGUCCAUUUUGUGGCUAUCCAAGCGCAAUGGUGGUAUCUACGAACCGGAGAUGCGUCUUUGGCUUGCUCUGCCUAUUGCUAUUAUUAGUCCUGCGGGAAUCCUAAUGUUCGGGUUGGGCCUUGCCUAUGGUGCGCAUUGGGCUCUUCUUGCUGUCGGAUUUGGAUUCUUCGGCUUUUCACUUGCUGCCAUUAGCGGUAUUUCGCUUUCGUAUCUAAUGGAUUGCUAUCAAGAGAUUAUCGGUGACGCAUUAGUCGGGGUGAUUUUUAUGCGAAACAUCUUCUCGGUUAUUGUACUCUUUGUGCUCACACCUUGGGUCAAUAAGAUGGGCCUGCGGAACUUGCAUAUUAUAUGUGCAGUUAUCUCGUUCGUGAUCCUCUCGAUCCCCGUCCCACUUCUCGUCUGGGGUAAGAAAGCUAGGAUUGCUACGGCGCCGAGUUAUAGGAAAAUGGCGGCAAAUCAGCUUAGCCAUCGGACUAUUUAG